AUGGCCGCCGAAGAAACAUCAGCUAAGAUGGAAGCAAGGCUUCGUGAUGAGAUCACUGCUCAAGUUGCUGCCGAGAAUGAAAGAGAUAGGCAACUUCGAGAAGAGCAGGAGGCUCAAAGGGAUGUUGCUGAAGAAUGGUUGAGAACACAAGUAUUGAGGAGUAUUACUUCUUGGGUUGAUUUAGCUGAGAUAUUCACAGCUAAGUUCUUUCCUUACAACCGCAUAAGGAAGUUGAAGCAAGAGAUCAAUUCCUUCAUCCAGCUGGAUUCUGAGAAUCUAUAUGAGACAUGGGAGAGGUUCAAAAGACUCUUGAUGAAAUGCUCAGGCCACAACAUCUCCACUGCUGACCAAGUGGAGAAGUUCUAUGCAGCUCUCAAUGACUACACUAAGACAAGUUUGACACAGCUGCAAAACUGGAAGGGAGUUUAUGAGGUUGAGACUCUUGAUGCAGUUCUUGCAUCCAACAAAAAGCUUGCACAGAAGGUGGAUGCCAUGGUAAAGAGACUCGAAGGUGGGCAAAGAAGUGCUAAGGAUGUUGAAUUUGAUGAAGAGGUGAAGGCCAUGAGGAAUUAUCAAAAUGAUCCCUACUCCAGCACUUAUAAUCCAGAUUGGAGAAAUCAUCCUAACUUCUCUUGGAGGGACCAAAACAAUUCAGGAGAUGCUGGUGGUUCAAAGCAAUUUCCAAAUCAGAGGCAAUACCAGCUGAAUCAAAGGCCUCCACCACCUCAUGGUAAGAAGAGCUUGGAGGAGAUUGUGGCUGAUUUGGCACUUAGCAAUCAGAGUUUCAUGAAUGAGACUAGGAGUUUCAUGAAUGAAACCAUAACCAACUCGAAGAAUUAUGAGUCCUCCAUAAAACAUUUGGAGACUCAAGUUGGCCAAAUUGCCAAGGACUCCAAAUUUGAAAAUUGUUCUGCUGUCACUCGUAGGAGUGACAAAACUUUAAAUGAAAUUGAAGAGUUAGUUGAAAAGAAGAGUGAUGAAACUGAGAAAGUGGUUGAGAAAGAAAAAGAGGGAACGAAAAGUGAGGAAGCUAUAAAAAACAAGAAGAGUAAGGAUUCUUCUCUUGAGAAAAUAACUUGCAAGUUACCAUUUCCUAAGGCUUUAGAAAAGAAAAAUAUGGAAAAACAAUUUUCAAAGUUCUUAGAAAUUUUUAAAACGUUUCAAAUCAAUAUUCCAUUUUCUGAAGCCUUAGAGCAAAUGCCUACCUAUGCGAAGUUCAUGAAGGACAUUGUAUCUGGGAGGAAGAGAUUGAGUGAGGUGAAUGAAAAAAUUAUGAUGACAGAGGAGUGUAGUGCAAUUGUCCAGAGAAAACUCCUCCAAAAGUUGAAAGGCCCUGUGAGUUUUACUAUUCAUGUUGACAUUAAAGGUUUGCCUAGGGCUAAGGCCUUAUGUGAUUUAGGGGCUAGCAUCAAUCUAAUUCCGCUCUCCAUGUUUAAAAGCUUAGAUAUGGGUGAGGCCACCCCUACCUUGAUGUCUUUGCUGUUGGCGGACAGGUCCAUUAAGCGCCCGUAUGGGGUCGCUGGAGAUGUUUUGGUAAGGGUGGAAAAAAUUAUUUUUCCAGUUGAUUUUGUGAUUCUGGACAUUGAAGAGGACUCUAGAGUUCCUCUAAUUUUGGGGAGACCUUUCUUGGCAACCAGUAAUGCAAAAAUCAAAGUUGCCAAGAGUCUUUUGUCCUUGAAAGUUGGUGAUGAAAAUGUAAAGUUUUCUGUUUUUAGAACAUUGAAGCAUCCUAACUAUGAGGAUGUGUUUAACUGUGAAGUGAUUGAUGAAUCUGUUUGUGAAGAAUUUGCUAGGAUUUCAGGAAAGGCGCCCUUAGAAGAAAAAAAGGACAAUUGUGAGCUGAGUCUAACUCUCAUAAAGCUUGUAGGCAAGCACCAAUAUGGAGGUUCAGCCACAGAGAAUCUCCAUAAUCAUAUGGCGCGAUUCAUUCAUUUCAGUAACACGGUAAGGAUAAAGGAUGAGUUCAUUGAUGCCUUCAUGUUGAGGUUGUUCCCACACUCCUUGAAGUAUGAGGCUAAGGUUUGGUUUCAAUCUCAACCUCAAGGUAGUAUUGUUACUUGGGAAGACCUUGUGGGAAAGUUUAGUGCAAAAUUCCUACCUUGCUCAUUCAAAAGUUUGAGCAAGUGUGAUUCUAAUCCUUCUUAG